AUGGAGGAGUUAGAAUUCCACGACAGCGUUGACAGCAAGAGGCACGUGACUGUACACUGGUUUAGGCAUGGCUUGCGUCUCCAUGACAACCCAGCUCUGCUUGCAGGUCUUAGGGGAUGCCGGGAGUUCUAUGCCGUGUUUAUAUUUGAUGGCGCUGUGGCAGGGAUCUCCACAGCAGCAUUUCCCAGGAUGCAGUUCCUCAUGGAGACUCUACAAGACCUUGAUGAGAACUUAAAAACCUGCGGAUCUCGUCUGCAUGUUUUCCGUGGCAAUCCGGUGGAGGUCUUUGGCAAACUCAUCGAGGAAUGGGGAGUAACCCGUGUAUCACUGGAACAAGACCCAGAACCUAUCUGGCAGAAACGCGACAGUGAUGUCAAGGCCCUUUGCUCUAAGCGAGAAGUAGAGUGGAUUGAGAGAGUUAGCCAUACUCUGUGGGAUCCGCAGUUAAUUAUACAAGAAAAUGGAGGCAGUCCGCCUCUGACGUACGCCAUGUUCUGCCAGGUGAUGGAGAUUGUGGGCCAGCCGCCUGUGCCAGUAAGGAACCCCGAUUUCAGUGGCGUGUCCCUGCCCGUCAGUGACAACCAUGACCAGAAGUAUGGCCUACCACCGCUUGAUGCUCUAGGUGUCAAGGCAGAAUCUGACCAUCAGGCUAGUCCCUACUGUCGCUACUUAGGCGGAGAAACAAAGGCUCUGAAGUUGCUGUCGUCACGACUGGAGAAGGAACGUGCAGCGUUUAGCAGAGGCCUGAGUCUUCCUAACCAGCUCUACCCAGAUCUAACAGGAAUGCCAAUGAGCCUGUCCCCACACUUGAGAUUUGGAAGCCUGUCUAUCCGGAAAUUAUAUUGGUCGUUGCGACUUGUAUACACGCAGGUCCACCCAAAUGCCCCAGUACCAGCAUCUAUAACCAGUCAACUGAUCUGGAGGGAGUACUUCUACUGCAUGUCAGUCAACAACCCAGCCUACAACCGCAUGAAGGAGAACCCCAUCUGUCUGAACAUAGACUGGUAUGAUGAUGAGAAUAAAUUUCAGCAGUGGAAAACGGGACAGACUGGGUAUCCUUGGAUAGAUGCCUGCAUGCGGCAGUUAAUGCAAGAAGGCUGGAUUCAUCAGGUCUGUCGUCACGCCACAGCAUGCUUUCUCACACGUGGCGAUUUGUGGAUCGACUGGCAGAAAGGACUUGAGGUGUUUGACCGCUACCUGUUGGACGCUGACUGGUCAGUUUGUGCCGGAAACUGGAUGUGGGUCUCAAGCUCUGCCUUCGAGAACGUUCUACAGUGUGCCAGGUGUAUUUGUCCAGUUCGUUAUGGACGUAGGAUGGACCCGUCUGGAGAGUAUGUUAGACGUUAUGUGCCAGAGCUGAAAGGAAUGCCGCUGCAGUAUUUGUUCGAGCCUUGGAAAGCUCCCAUCACUGUGCAACAGGAGGCUGGCUGUAUAAUUGGGCAAGAUUAUCCUUCUCCCAUGGUGGAUCAUAAAAUAGCUUCACAGGAAUGUAAAUUGCGCAUGGAUAUGGUUAGGAAACGAUCAGAAGAUGUGGCUCACAUCGGGCCUGCAAGCGAAGCCGAGGCUCUCUCCUUCUUGUGGGUCACCAAGCACAGCAACGCAGAGAUCAUGGAAGUCUGUAACCAUAACUCUUUGUAA